AUGUCCGGGACGCCGUCGCGGACACGUAGAAGGGUGAGUAGCAAGCGGCCGGCAAGGUCGCCCAUCUAUACUGGGCUGGAGCGCAAGAUUCAGCAUGACGACUUUGAGCGGGCCCUCGCGUCGGAGCUUGGAACGGUCCAGGAUGAGUCCGGCGAAGGCGUGCGCGGGAACGAGGUGGAGCGUCUGGAGCAUGCGCUGGCGCAGGCGCAGGCUGAGCUCCGGGCGAACCAUACGCAGUUGAGACAGGAGGAGGACUCUGCCAACGCCGCUAUGGAGCGGCUCAAGGCUGAGAAUGCCCGGGCUCGGGCAGCGGUGACGGCGGCGCGUGAAAAAGUGGCGGCAGCGUCGGCGAGCGCGGCGGCAGCUACGCAGGCGGCACGUGCAAGCGGUGCCAGGGACCUCGACGCACUUGCGGCGCUCGUUCUCCGCGAGGUAAGCGAAACCAUGGCCGCUGCCAAGGACGCAGCCCGCGCCGAGUUUGCUGGGAGACUCGAGGAGAGCCAGUUGACGGUCGGCCGGCUCCGCGAGCGGAUACAGCGACUGCGUGAGGCCGAGGGCCGCCACGCCGACGACGCGGCUGUCAUUCGCAAGCACCAACGGAAGGAGCGGACGUUAUAUGCAUCGAUCGAGCUGCUGAAGCAAAAGCUGGAGGAGAAGGAGGCUUCGCACGAGCACAUUCUCACGGUUCACACCGAAUCGAACGAGCUCAAAGACCAGGUCGCGCUGCUGCAAGCGCAGCUUGCCAGCGCACGCAAAGAACGCGACGAAGCCGUGCUUGGGCGCGGUAAGCCGCGCACCGGCUCGGGUCGGGGGCGCGGGCGCGGGCGUGGCCGCGGACGUGACCAGUCGAGCUCGUCGGAGAGCGAGCGCCUCAACGCGCUGCUGCGCAAGCUGUCGAAGGAGCGCGACGAGCUGGCCAAAGAGAAUGCCAAGCUUGCACGGGCGGCCAAGCGCGACGCCAAGCGGUAUCAGGCGUAUCUCGAUGACGUGACUGCCCAGUUGGUGACUGCUCAGCAGCAGCGCGACGAGGCGCGGGCUCAUCUCGAGUCACACCUUGCCGAGUCGGGCCGCGAAACGCUGGUGGCCAAGCUCGAAGCGCAUCGCGAGGCGCGUGCCAAGCUCACCGAUGAGGUUGCAGCUCUUCGUGACGCUCUGGCAGAGGAGCGGGCCCGAGUCCGGGCGCUGCGGUCAGCGCGGAGCGCAUCGGGGGCCGAGAUCCAAGCUCUCAACCGCAAGCUGCUCAAUGCGUCGCACCUCGCGCGGCUGGCCGAGUUCCGAGUCACGGAGCACACGCCGCUUGCCGAAGUCGAGGCGGUGCUCUCGGCGCUGCAGGAGACCAACUCAGCGUUGCAGUCUCGCAUUGCCGAGCUGGAGCGCGAGGUUGCGACCGAAAAGGCUGCAGUGUCAGCGGUGCGGGCGCAGUCAGCCUCUGCUGCCAGCUCGAGUGAGGAAGUCGAGCGGCUCCGGUCGGACCUCAUCCGACUGAAGAGCCAGCACAACGAGCUGCGGAGCAAGUAUGCGGCGGCUCGGCAGGAGGCUGCCGCGCCAGCCAGCCCGAGCGUAGGCGGCGAGUCCAACACUCGUGAUGCCGCGCGGCUGGCCGCGUCCCGCAACCGGAUGGCGGCGCUUGAAGAGCGUGUUCAAGCGCUGGCGGCGCAGCUUGCGGCGUCGCGCGCGCGCGAGGCCCAGCUGGAAACUCAGCUGCUGGACAGCUCGCACCGCGCGGCUCGUUCGCCUGCGGCGUCGAGCAGCGAAGGCAGUGGGCCUGUGCCUGCGACGCCGAUCUCCAAGCUGGAGGCACGGGCGUCACGAGUUUCCAUGCUCGGUGCGACGCCGCUCGGCGGACGGCCCGGUGAGAACAUUGCCCGUGCGUGGGAGCCGCGACUCCUCCUCUCGGCCAUCGAAAAGUCGCAGCCGCUGCCGCCGAUUGACGCGGUUGACGACGGCGUUGUCUACGCCUGCAUUGUCAAGCUUCAAGAGCGGCUUGCCGAGCUCAACGAGUCCGCGGCUGAGCAUGCGCGGGCGCGGCAUCCGCACUUUAUGGAGCUUGGCUCGCAGCACCAAACGCUUGCCGACUACCUCCGCGGCAUGCAUGGACUGGUGGCCGAGGCUGUUUCGCUGGGAGCGUCCAGCGAGAACGAAGAUGUUGCGACGCUGCGGUCGCGACGUGACAACACAAAGGCACUGAGCCAGGUUCUGGACCAGGCUGAGGCUUUCGUUAGCAGCGAACUCGCGCAGCCAUCGUCGGCGACGCUGGCGGCGCUCGCGCGGCUGACCUCGCUUCGGAAUGGCCUGGCUGCCAAGCACGGUGCGACCAUCAAGGUCCUGGACGGCCUAUCGUCGGUGGUGAGCUCGUCGCCGCUGCUGCCCGCGUCGGACCCACGCGCAGGCGCAACGCUGCUUGCAGCAUUCAAGCUCCAGGCUGCACUCGACUCUGCCGAGGAGGCUGCUGUGGGGCUGACGCUCGACUUGGGGCGGCUGGACAAGGCAGCACUCCGGGCCGAUGUCGAGGAUGCUGCAGCUGUGGCAAGCCUUGUGGAGGCGAUUUCAGGCCUGUUGGAGGCCGAGUCUGGCGGGUGCCUUGCGCCCGAACUGCGGGUGCGUACGAGCAAGUUGCUGGCACCGCUAGUUAGCAUGGUGGCGUCGCGUGCACGGCUCCCACGCGACGGGUACCUUCCACUGCAGGUGCGGUCGUGGUGGAGUGAGGCCGGGACGACACACGCCAACAUGCACCAGGAAAAGCUCAACUCGUCGCUGCUCCUGCUGGACGUGCUGGCCGACUCGACGGCGCAGGUCUCGCGCGAGUUUGAGAGCCUCGCCGCGUCUGAGGCCAAGCUCGCGGCGCGGCUGGACAAGUUGACCUCGCAGACUUCGCAGGUCAACGUUGCGCUCAUGCCGCAGGCGUCGACGCCGGCCCGCAAGCGGGCGUCGCUCGCCGCGCAGCACGCAAGCCUGGCUGCCGAGCGUGAGCAGGCUGCCGAGCAGCUGCGCAGCGUGCGUGAGCGGCUCGGUGAGCUGCGGCGGUCCAAGCGGCAGACCGAGGCUGAUCACCAGGCACUGUCGGCCGCUCUGGCUGCGUUUGCCGAGGCCUCGCAGCGGUUGGACGGCGGUACCGGCAAGGUCCGGUCUGCGCUGGACGCUAUUCUGGGCCUUCUCGGCGAGCCACUGCCCAUGCCGGGUGACCGCAACCGUGGCAGCAGUAGCUCGAGCGGGAGUGGCUUGACUGGCAGCUCAGAGACAGAGCACCUCAAAGCGCGGAUCCGGCAGCUGCAGGACCAAAAGCUGGAGGCGCGCCUGGCGCACUACCGGCUCAAUGGCUCGGUGUCUGAGGCCGACAAGGCCGACGAGGCGUUGCUGCAGGCGCAGCUCGCGGACGUUUCCCGCGAGCGGGAGCGACUCAAGUCGACGAUCCAGAAGGAUGCCAGCGAGUUGCGUGGUGUCGAGUCUGAGCUCGACCAGGUCUUUGCGCAGUACAACCUGCUGGUGGCUGCGCCGCCUCUGGCGUCGCCGGCACAGGUCGGCGACGGUGGUGACGGCCGGCAGUCGCGGGCGGCAGCCGAGGCUAGCGGAGCGCCCACGGGGACGGCGCGGGUGGUUGGACUCGCGCGCGACGGAGAGGGCGGCACGUCGCUCGAGCGAGCGCGCUCCAUUCUCUCGUCGACGAAUGUAACCUCGCUCAUUCCCGAGUACGCAGCUGCUGUGAAGGAGGUGUCGGACCACCUUGCGGCUGUGGAGCAGUAUGCGCUCUCGCUUGAGGCGCGCUCGGCCCAACUGGCGAGCGAAAAGUCGUCACUCGAGCGUCACAUUUCCGAGCUCUCGUCAGACCGGGCGCGGUUUGCAACGACUCUGGAAGGGCUGCAUGCGCAGCUUGCGGCGUUUGGCACAUCUGACGAGAAGGGUGUGCGCGAGCUGAAGUCGCGAAUUACGAACCUCGAGAGCCAGCGAGCUCUGCUGGAACAGCAGCUUGUGGAUGCGGAGCAGGAUUUGGAGCAUGCGUCGACGCUGCUGCGGGAGACCAACGUGGUGCUCACGUCGCAGGUGGGAGGACGGCACGCGGAUUUGGCGGCGCAGAAGCGUGCGCUUGACGAGCGGGCAGCGAUUCUUUCGUCUGUGACACAGUUCUUGCUGCGGUCUCCUGAUCUCGACGCGUCGUCGCCGGUUCGUGCUCAGCUGCAGGUCGUGGCCGACUCGCUGGAGCGUGAGUCGCGGACGCCAGGUGAGAGCCACCGCGAGGAGCGGGCCAGUGAGAGUGCUGCCGACGAGCACGCGGCGGCCCGCGAGCGCGAGGAGCGCGUGGCCGCGGCUGCUGCGCUGGACGCGGUGCGGCGGCACAACUCAGAGCUCCGCGCGGCGCUAAAGGCGCGGGCUGAGAACGCGGCGGCGCUGUCGCGCAAGGCUACUAAGAUGGAGGCUGCACUCGGCGAGGCCAACGCGCGCGAGUCUGAGCUCGAACUGGAAAUUGACGAGCUCCGCGGGCAGCUUGAUGGCAUGGGCCAGCUGAUGGCGUCUGCGUCGCGGGCGGCGACGCUGCAGGCGACGAACACUACGCUGGAAGCCGAGCUGGCUGGCAUGGCCGAAGCGCUCGCUGCCGAGCAGGAGCGUGCAACCGAGGCACGGGCGCGAUGCGCGGAUGCCACUGCCGAGGUUGCGGUACUCAAAGAUAAGGUCCUGGACUUGAAUCGUGCGCUGAGCACGGCGCAGGCCGAGCUGACGGAGCUUCGUGACGGCUCGACCGAGCUCAACGAGAGUAAGGCUGAGGUGGAGUUCCUGGCGGAGGAUGCAAAGCGGAUGGCGACUGCGAUUACCGAGCUUGAAGCCGAGAACGUGCACCUGCUUGCAGUCCUUAACGAUGUUAUGGCGUCGGAGGCCGAGCGCAAGGACGAAGCGACGGCGCAAGUCACCGAGAUGGCCAACUUGAAGCUCAAGGUGGUCGGUCUCGAGGAGCAGCUGGCAGCCGCUGAGGCUGCGCUGGCUCUGGCAAGUACUGACGAGGAGAGCAAGGUGAAUACGGCGGGCAGCCCCGCGCGGCGGGAGCUCUCUUCGGACCCUCAUUCUAACGUGUCUGGCGACUCGCGGUCGCACUCUGUGUUUUCGGUGGGAUCGCCGGGCUCGCCGGCGCCAGUGACGUCUGCGGCACCAUCGUCAGCCGCGGUGGCGUCACUGGAGAUUGAGCUGGAGGCAGUGAUGGCUCGUGAGCGGCUGCUUGCGGCCGAGAACGCCGAGCUGGAGACGCGGCUGGUCUCGUACCGGUCACGGCUUACAGCUGUCCAGGCGCGGGAGGCCGAGAUGGAGGCUGCACUUAACGUUCCUGUUCAGGUCGAUCGUGCGCUGUCGGGUGAAGCAAGCAUGCCAGCUGUAGCGCAGUCUGCCGGGGUGAGGGCGGGUCCUGAGCCGCAGCUCGCGAGCAGGGUGACCGAGCGGUCGCUGGCGUCGCGUGCGGAGGCGAACGUGCCCAUGGUGGAUGAGUUUGGUCGAGCUGUGGCUGUAGGGAACGUGGCGCAUCCGGCGGACGCGGCGGUGACGUACGUGUCCGUGGAGCGGGUGCAACACCAGCGGAAGACAGCAGGGCCGAUGGACGACGCGCUGCGUCGGUUCCUGGAGGACCAGCUGACUCAGGCCGAGAUGGAUCUUGCCGAGGCCGAGGCUGCGCUGGGUGAGGCGCAGAUUGAAGCGGCGGAAGCGCGUGAAGCCAAGGAGACCAUGGCUGAAUCCAUGGGUGCUCUCGAGGCUGAUUUGGAGGCGGCUCAGAGCCUUGUUCAGGCGAUGGAUGCCGAAGCGGCGGCGUCGUCGGAGCAGAUUCUGGGCUUGAAGAAGGCACUUCUUGAGGCUGGCGAAGAGAUGGCAGCGCUGUCGGCGUCGACUAGGGCGCUGGUGCAGCAGAAUGUGUCGCUUGGCGGCGAGGGUGCUCGGUUGUUGCAGGAGCACCAGCGGCUUCAGGUGGAGAAGCGGCGGGAGGCCAAAGCGCGGAUGGUGGCGGAGCGCAAGGCGACAGCGUCUUCGGUGGCCACGUCAGAAAAGGACCCCAAGUCGAUGAUUCCUCAGGAACUCUUGGCCGAAGUGGAGCACCUGCGGACGGACGUGCUCCUUGCGCACCAGCAGUCCGAGGCCCUGGCCAAUGCGCUUGAGGAGGAAAUGCGUCUGAGUGCUCAGCUCCGCGGGGUGCUCAACACUCUGCUGGCCGAUGCUGACUCGCUCGACAUGCACAACCAGGAGCUUGCGGCGCGACUGCGGGCAGCUGUUUCACGUGUCCUGCAUCCCGAGUCCCAUGACGGCACUACUGGCGAAGCUGUCAGCGAGAUGUUGAGUGGGACGGGUCCGGCUGCUGUCAAGACGAGCACGGCUGCCGAGCUGCUGGCAGCGUCGGAGGUGCCGACAGUGUCGGCGGCAGCGCAAGCACCCGACGUGGCGCGCAAGCUGCGGGAGCUUGAGCGAGCGCAUGCGGAUCUGUUGCGCGCCGGUCCUCACGCGUAUCUUGCGGCCCAGGUCGAUGAGCUCAAGAUCGAGCUUGCCGAGGUGGAAGAGCAGCUGCUGGAAAUGACUCGCCGAAAUGCGAUGUUGACCCGGGACCGGCUCCGGGUGGAGGCUGAUGCUCACGCGGCGAAUUUGUCGAUGAGCGACGAGCGAGCUGUGUCUGUGGCUGGGCUCGUGAGUCGGGUCCUGGGCGAGUCUGAGCGCCAGGAGCUGCAGCAGCUGCGGGCCGAGGUUGCACGGCUGCUUGGCGAUGCUGUGCCGGGUGCACGGUCGGUGGCUGAGCUGGAAGCGCAGCUGGAAGCGAUUUCUGGUGAGCAGAUUCGGGCGCUGUCCGCAAUGCGCGAGCUGGAUGCGGUUGCGCCAGUCUCGACGGAACUCUACGACGAGCUCCAUGCCGGCAAGCCGCUUCUCGCGGUAGCAGAGCAGGUGCAAGAGUGGCUUCAGUCGACUCGGCUGGCGUAUACCUCGACGGCGCAACGGGCCGAGAGCCAGCUCGCUGCAGUUCAGCGGCAGUUGUCGGAGGCGCACGUUCGUGGUAUGGAAGCUGCGGAGCGGGAGUCGCUCGGCGCCGAGGUUGAGUCGUUGUCGAAUGUGAGCGAGCGGGUGCGUAGCUCGCUGGCGACGCUUGAUGACGUGGAGGCACAGCUGGCGCGGUUGCUGGUGGUCAUUGAGCCGCAUGCGACUCUGGUCGCGUCACCAGCGCACGGCAGCCAGCUGUUGGAGCUCAUUGGCCGGGUGCUUGUUGCGAUGAUGGGCAACGAGCUGGCGAGCUUCCAGGCACGGUUGCAGAACGAAAAAGCACGGGUGCUGGGCUCGCAUGCUGCGCUCCGGCGGACGCGUGACGACGUGCGCGCUCUGCGGGACGAGCUGGGCAUGGCGGCGCUAGUGCCGACGCUGCAGUCGGUGCUAGCCGAGGUGGCGCCAGUGCCUGGCGCGGCUGCCGCACAGCUGGAAGGUAGUUUGCCCCCGGGUGCCGAUCCGCGCGCACGGUCGGUCAUUCCGGCGCUGGAGACCCUCUCGGUGGAUCUGGCCGAGCUGGCACGACUGGUUCAUGAGCCGGGUACCCUCUACGAGGGAGACACAAGUCUUGUGUCGCGGCAGGAUGCACGCGCGGCCCUUGUCGAUGAGCAGGUCGAGCUGCUCGGAGGAGUCGACUACGUUUCGCGUUCGCGCGGUAGUGGCGGCGGAGAUGCCAGCGGCGGAGCCGCCGAGCCGGAGCCGACGGUUGUUGUGGCUAUGGCGGCCCGAAUGCAGCGUUUGGAGCAGCUUCACCAGCAGGCACUUGUUCAGAACGAAGCACUGACAGAUGCUGUGCGUCAUGGUGGAGGCUCGCUCGGUGAGGCUGCGGCGUGGGAUACCGUCUCGCAGCUGCGGAGCGCACUGGAGCAGGCUGUGGCCGAGAAUGCAAACUUGGUGCGCAAGGUGCGGAGUGGUGGUGCAGCGCCGGACUCACCGGGUUCGUCGAGCUCAGGUAGCGACGACGAGGAGAAGCGAGUUCUCGCCCGUGAGCUGGUGCGGUUGACAAACGAGUACAACGCACUGGUGGACGGACGUGUGCGUCAGGGCCGGCGGACGGCUGGGACCGAGCGCCACGUGCCCUCUGUCGCGGGUGGACGAAUCCGUGGUGAAGCGCUGGAUCCGACCGAAAUCGAUGAACUGCCGCAUCUACAGGCACUGGUGCUGCAGGAGCGGACACGGGGUGACAUGCUGGAGAUGCAGCUUGAACAGGUGCUUCUCACGACAGAUUUGGCCGCGAGCGCCCCCAAUGGAGAUGUGAGCGCCUCGCGCCGGUAUGUGGACCAAGCGCUAGGACAGUCUCGGGCGCAGCGUGAGGCCCUGAUUUUGUCCCGCUUGGAGAACAGAGGCAAUGUGCCGAAGACCGAUACUGGGUCAGAGGCCCGUGAGGCGUUGGAGACCCGGCUGGCUGUGGUGCUCGAUCAGUUGGACGAUGCAGUCGUGAGCAACGCACAGCUGGCGCGGGACUACGCGGUGCUGGUGAAGGAGCACGAAGGCUUGCGCGCCGAGCGGCAGGCCGCCGAUGCAAUGCUCGAGUCGACCCGCGGCGAGCUGGGUGAGUUGAGGCGCCGCUGGCGCGAGCUGGCGCAGGAUGAGCUUGCGGCGACGUCGCGAGCGGAAGAACUUGCCGCGGAAAACAGCUCGCUGCGGCGGAUGCUGACGACGCCUGGGCUCGCGCCUGCUGUGGGCUUGCCUGUUGCGGUGGGCAAGGCGUUGCGGUCUGAACACGGCCCACUUGCAUCGCGCGAGUCCAGCCACGCUGUGCGCGAUGUCGUCUCGGGGCAGGACGCCAUCGUUCAAGAGCUUGUGCUGCAUUCAGCCGAGCUGAACUCUUUGUCUGGCUUUGCGUCGCCGCAGGUUGUGGCGAUGGAGCGGGCAAAGAUCGAGCGCGAAGUUGCGGGCGAAGCGGUUGGAGUGCGUCGGCUGGUCGAGCUUGAGCAGGAUGGAACGCCGGACUCGAGCUCGCUGUCGACUUCGUUGACAGGAUUUGACCCGGAGAAAAUGGCGCUCGUGGCAGAGCUGCAGGCGCUGGCGGAGCAGCUGGCGGAAGCGCAAGCAGACAACGCAGAUCUGGCGACUGAACUCGCGGCUGCAUCAGCGGCGAAUGCCACGCUGCACAUUUCGAAGGAGCAGCUUGGCGCCGACCUCAACGAGACCAAGGUUCGCUUGAGCGAGAUGGACCGCGAGUGGCGAGAGCUUGCUCGCGACGAGAACGCGUUGUUCAGCAAGGUGCAAGAGCUCGAAAUGCAGGUUGCGACCUCGACGCUUAGCGACGAGUCCAAGGCUGCCGUGGUGGCCAAGCUUGCAGCUGUACGGGAGAUGCGGCCAGUGGAGCGGGUCUCGCUGCUUGCUAGCGCAGAUGAGGUGCGCAACGUUGUCGCCGGGGCUAGCCACGACGGGCCAAGUGGAUCAGGAGAGAGUGUCGCGUCGAGCGAGCUCGAGGCUCUGCAGCAGACCAUUCGUGUGUUGGAGACGGAGCUGGAGAGCGCAAACCAGGCUGCGCUUGAUGCCGAGCGGAUGUUGACAGCAGAAGCUGCGGAAAAGGCGGCGCUGCUUGCCAAGAUCGAGGGCCUUCAAGACGAUGUCGAGGCUGUCCUUGCAGACAAGGAGGCACUAGUUCAGCUUGUGGAUGAGUUGCGGCGUGACUACGGCAUGGCUCAGGAUGUCGAGGGCGAUGUCGAGUCGCAGGUCAUCAAGUAUCAGGUCGAGGCCGAACAGCUGCAGCUAGACAACCAGGCGCUGCGGGAGCAGAUUACCGAGCUGGGCGGAGUGGCUGCUGUUCGCGAGAGUCGCACCCGCGACUCGGCUGGCGCGACGGCGCUGACCAAGCUGGUGUCGACAGAAGAGCGCAACACGAUUCUUUCGGAGCAGCUCGAUGACCUCAACGAGGCUUACGCCGGCCUGCAGAGCGAGGUGCGCGAGCUGACGUCAGCGCGGACGACCGACAUGCGGCGGAUCAUGGAGCUCGAGGCGGCGCUCGAGGAGUCUCAAGACGAGACGGCGUUGGCCCACAGCUCAGUCGAGCGGCUGCAGCGCGAGCUGGAAGAAGUUGCGCGCGAGAACGCCGAGCUCGAGAACGAGGUUGCUCGCUCACAAGUGGCACUUGCACGCUCGUCUCUCGGCUCUCACGGUGGCGCUGACCUGACUGCGCCGACCGCGGAGGAUGGCGGUGAACAGCUUCGUCAUCAUGGGCUCAGCGCAUCCCCAGCGGUACAGGCCUUUGAGUUGCAAGCGCGCAACGAGCUGCUUGCGGAACAGGUGAGCGAUUUGGCCGAGACACUUAAGGAGCUUGAGGCCGAGCUUGACGGGAUGGCCAAGGAGAAGCUGCGUGUGGAAGGGCUCAACCGUGAGUUGACGUCGCUGGCAGAGGAGCGCGCUGCCAAGAUCGAGGCACUCGAAGCCAACAUGGCUGCGAUGAGCAAUGAGCUCGAGGCUGUGACGGGCGAGGCCGAAGAGACAGCUUCUCAGUUGAUUGCAACCCAGGUCGAGCUUUCCAAGGCACUUCUAGACGCCGGGCGUCCCAGCGCCGACGCGUCGCUUCUUGUGGCGGCGCGGAGUGAGGCGCGGCGCGAGCGUGCUGCGCACCAGGCACCUGGAAGCGGGAAGCGGACCGAGUCUGGACGUGAGACGCUGCUGCAGAUGUCGCUUGACAAGACGCUUGAUGAGCUUGACGAGCGCGAUGACGAGGUUGUGCAGCUUGCGCGCGACAAGAUCGAGCUCAUGAACGCGGCUGCGGCUCUUGACAAGGAGCUGGCACAGCGGCGAGCCGACGGAAGCGAUAAUGCGGAGCUAGUGGAGUCACUGACACGUGCACUGCAGGAGGCGCUUGUCGAGGGCGAGACCAAGGAUGACCUCAUUGCGGCGCUGCAGGUGGAGGUUCAGCAGCUGCGGCGGUCCCUGACAGAUGCCGGAGUGGCAAAUGUGAGCGAGGAUGGUGACCAGCCACGGGAGCUCGUGGCUGCUAAGCUCCGGCGUGAGCGGGCGGAGCGGUCGGUUCGUGUGCUCGAGUCGCGGCCAAGCUCGGUCGACAACCUUGUGGCCCAGUUGGAGUGGCCUGAGCUGCGCGCAGGCCACGGGCCGUCUGGGGGCGAGGCUUCGGACGAGGUGACCAAGCUGCAAGAGCAGCUGCUCGCGGCGGAGCAGGCGCUCAGGCAGCGGGACCGGCACUUGGCGGAGCUCGCCGAGUAUGUUCGCGAGUUGGGCGGGACUGACCUUGCGCUGGCCCCGUACGACUUUGUGCUCGACGACUCGUUCGACGGGGUGGCGGCCGGCGCGCGGAUCGAGUUUCUGGAGGAGCAGGUGCUUGCGGAACAGGUGGCGAACGAGCGGGCACAGGGCGAGCUGGCGCUGUUGGCAAUGUCCAAGGCACACCUGAUGCGUGAGUGGAGCAAGCUGCGUGACAUGCUGGAGGCCAACGGCGUGAGUGUGGCGCCGCUCGACCUGGCGAUUGUAGGCGAGCCUACACCGGAGAAAACCCGUCGAGCUGUUGCAGAGUCCGAGAUCGCACCGGGUUUCGAGUACAAGUGUGGACCGUAUUCCGAUUUCUACUCGGAGUAUUACUCGGACGACGAAGUGGACGACGAUCUUGACGUUGCACCCGCUCGUGAAGGCGCCAAGAACGGUGGGACACAGCUUACGCCGACUCCAGCACAACGGCAGAAGCAUCCUCGGCGGCGUCGGCAGCAUCGGGCACGCCACGAUGACGGCGGCGUUGAGACUAGUGUUGGCGAUGGAAGCGCAGACGUGGUCGGCGUGGAGCCCCAACAGCAGAGACAGCAGCGGCGGCGUCGGCGGAAGCGUCGACCCGCAGACAGCACAGACGUUCCGGACAGUGCGGCGUCUGGUGGCGCUGGUGAGCGGAACAAGUAUCGCCGGCGUCGGAGCCGUCGGGCCGUCGGGACUGGCGAGUCCGCGGUCGAGCCUGAUGUCGACGGCAAGGCCGAGACCGAGGCCCACAGCUUGCUCGAGACGGUUCGAAUCGGGCUGGAGGACAAGCUAGAAGCAGCCGGUGUGGUGCUCUCACCGCUGGAGCAGCAAAUGCUUCGUGCUGCACACCCGCACACGGGGAUGAAGGAGAGGCACCAUUACCACCGGCGAAAGCACCGGACGGACGAGCCGGGGCUAGAGGAUCGAGUGCUGGCGCUACAGGAUGAGCUUGAUGCACUUCGGCACGAAUAUGCUAUGCUCAAGCGGCAGUAUGGAGCCGCGAUUGAGCGCGAGUCCGAGCUAGAGUCACAAGUGCUUGCGGCACAGGUGGAGGUCGAGCGCGGGAGCCGUGGCGACAGGGGUGCCGGUCUGGUUGCACCGUACUCGCUGGCAGAUGCCUCGUUUGCCCGGUAUGGUGCUGAGGGCGGGUCCGAGUCUGACGAGGAGAUGGUGGACAUGAUUGCGUUCCGCAAAUUUGCGCAAGAGCUGGGCUCGCCGGUGGCCAAGGUGGUUGAGGUUGAUGUCGCCGGACAGCCGCGCAACAUGGCCGAGACGCUGCAUCUUCAGUCGCGGAAGAACAUGCUCGAAGAGGACAUUCGCGACAUGGAAGACGAGCUGGCAGCGCUGACCAAGGCGCUGUCACAGGAGCGAGUCAAAGUUCGCGAGCUGAAGAAGGUCAACCGGUCACUGCGGCGCAAGUUGCGGCGUGCUGGUGUCAGAGGCGGCGAGCCGCUCGAGUCGAGCUGCGCUGAGACUUCGGACGGCGAGCUGGAGCUGGAAGAGGUGCUCAAGGCGUCCCACGUGGCGCUCGAGACUCCAAUUCCUCGCGAUGAUCCGAGUGUGUACGUUGCGGCCAGCAUGCCUGCGGCUGGAGCAAACGACAGCGUCGAGUCUGUCGAGGCGGUCAAGCGGUCGAUGGAGGUUGUGCUUGGCAGCGGCGGUAGUAGCGUCGACGCCGACCUUGUGGAGCGGUUCCGGACGGUGCUGCAGCGGAUGGAAGGCGAGGUGGUUCAGGCCGACGGCCAGGUGGAGGAGCUGGAGGGCGAGCUGGCAGCGUCCCAGGCAGAGACUGCGAUGAUGCGCGAGGUUCGUCGCCAACUGCUAGCCGAGCUGGGUGUGGUGCGGCGUGAGCUCCUCAAGGCUCAGCAUGCAAGGCAGGAGACACUCGAUGUCGUUCCGCCCAAGGCACAAGAGCUGCUGGGCGCACUCCAGGAGCGCGAGACGAGACUGCGCGAUGAGACGAACGAGCUUCUCCAGCAGCGGGUGGCGCUGCAGACGACGGCGACCGAGUUGACACUUGUGGUGGAUGAGGUGCAGCGCACGAUGGACCGGUUGCGGCGUGAACCAGUCAAGGCAGGUGACAAGAGAGCCGAGCUGGAAUCCGAGGUUGCUUUUGCAGAGGAGCGACUGCGGAUGUCGGAGGCGCGUUCGCGACUUGCGCGCAACAAUAUGGAGCUGCGUGCGUCCGAGGCCAAGCUUGUGCCGCUACAGGCUGAGCUGGACAACGUUCGGUUGCUGAUUGACUUUCUGGGCACGGUCUCGCUCGCGGACCUGACCGCGUCAGGGAGCCCGAGGCGCGAUGGUGACCACACGUCGACUGGCGGUGUUGCGAGUGUCAAGGUUUCUGAAUUGAUGAAGGCCCGGAACAUGUUGCUGGUGCGCGUGGCGGAGCUCGAGGCUGAGCAGGAGGCAGCCGCGGGCGACUUGGCAACGGCCGGUGCUGGGUCUGCUGACGAGGUUUCAGCCCUGCUCUCGGAGCGGACGGCGCUCAUGCGUGAUCGCGACGCCCUGGCGGCUCAGCUCGCUGAGGCGAGACGGGCAGGUGGUACAGUGUCCCCCUCUGACAUGGCGGAAGGGAGUGCACGCCCCACGGCGCUGGCACCGUCGUCGUCGUCUGGGAGUCUUAGUUCGCCAACGCGCGACAUGGCGGACGUGGCGGUCGAUAGUGUCAAGGAGGAGAAUGCAAUGCUCAACGCGCAACUGACUGCGAGCGAGAACGCGCUUGCUGUGGAGAAAGAGUACUUUGCCGAGUUUGCCGCGCAGCAGCUUGCGAUGGUUGCGCAGUUGCAGGAGCAGCUGAAGACGCUGGCAAGCCAGGCUGAGAGCGUGGGUGCCGAUGGUGACGGUGGCGCCUCGGCGGACGAAAUGCGCCAGUUGCGGCGGGCACUGUCGCUUGCACAGGCAGAUCAAGAGGUGAUGCACCAUCUGCUGGCCUACCAUGCCGGAGACAAGUCGAAGGGCCUGGAUCGACAAUCGACGUCUCGACUGUCGGCCGUGUCAUCGGUGGCUGAUUCGAGCGAGUCGUCUGCGCGGUCCACACCGAGCGACCUUGGGCUUUCCGUCAUCCGCGGUGAGCUUGCAAGCUUGAGUGCACAGGUUGACCUUGCGCUCGAAGACGCUGGGCAUGCCAGCGACAACGAUGUUGGCCUGGAGCGGUAUGUCGACACGAGGGUUGCGGUCCAAGCCGCGGCGAUGGAUCUCGCUGCGCCAACGCCACGUAUUGCCGCAGUCCAGGCCACGCAUCAGGCUUCGACUCACGAGGUUGGUGUCCUUCACCGUGCUCUGGACGAUGCGCAGAUGCUUGUUGCUGCCCUGACAGCAGCGCAACAGGAGCGGGCGGUGCAGCUCAGCGCAGUCAAGGCCGAGUUGGCGUUUGCAACGUCGCGGAUCGACGGCUAUUCCAAGCAGCUCACGAGUGCUCACCAGCUUGUUCUUGAUCUUGCAGCGAGGCCUACCGCAGUGCACACUGUGUUUGGCGAGGGUGACGUAGACCCCGACUCUGUCCCGGAUCGUGACUACGACCGUGACGGAGCUGGAGGUAGCGGCCAUGGCGACGGCAAAGACGGUACAGACGGCCCUGACGCUGAGAGUGAUGCCCCAGCCGAAGGUGAUGACGACGACGACCGUGGCGGCGGCAAGCUGCCCUCAGGUUCGCAGUCGCACUCUCAAGGCACGGAUGCACAGACCGUCGAUGAGCUCAAGAAUGCUUUGAACAUGGUCUACGCCGACAACACCGAGCUUCAUGAGAAGAACAUCGAGUUGCUCGACUUGGUGAGCCGAUUGCAGGAGCGUGAGGGCGAGCUUGAGGCGCAGCUGGCCACCCCGUCUCCUGAUCAUACCAGCGUUGAAAGUGCUGGCGAGCUGGCGACUGCUUUGCGCGACUCGGCAGCUAGCAACGAGGUUCUGCUUGAGCGGAACGCAGCGUUGGAAAAGGCACUUGAGCAGUUGCAGCUGCGCGAGGCGUCGCUCAAGGCCGAGCUGGAAAGCGCGAAGAUGACUGCCACUGUCGGGCGCGAGGAACUGCUUUAUCGGGUGGCCGAGAUGGAGGCGGUCAACCCUCUACCAGUCUUGGAAAAAGCGGGCGCGAAGGAGCCACAGGCGGUGCAAGCGCUGUCGGCCGAGCUCGAAGAGGCUCUGCGCGAGUCUGCAGCUGACAACGACGCUCUUUUGGCACUGAACCAAAGCCUUGUCACAAGUCUUGCCGACUUGAAGGAGCGCCUACAGCGCGAGAUGCGCGCGCGGCGCAAGCUGAAGGCCGUCGCAAUGGCGGCUGCUGUGGAGGCGAAGGAGACCGAGACCGCUCCUGCUGUGCUUUCGACGUCUGUUGUGGACGGAGAGGACGUGGCGCCGCAGUCCGAGACCGCGUCUGCUGUGCUUUCGACGUCUGUUUUGGACGGAGAAGACGUGGCGCCGCAGUCCGAGACCGCUACUGCUGUGCUUUCGACGUCUGUUUUGGACGGAGAGGACGUGGCGCCGCAGUCCGAGACCGCUACUGCUGUGCUUUCGACGUCUGUUUUGGACGGAGAGGACGUGGCGCCGCAGUCCGAGACCGCUACUGCUGUGCUUUCGGCGUCUGUUUUGGACGGAGAGGACGUGGCGCCGCAGUCCGAGACCGCUACUGCUGUGCUUUCGACGUCUGUUGUGGACGGAGAAGACGUGGCGCCGCAGUCCGAGACCGCUACUGCUGUGCUUUCGACGUCUGUUUUGGACGGAGAGGACGUGGCGCCGCAGUCCGAGACCGCUACUGCUGUGCUUUCGACGUCUGUUUUGGACGGAGAGGACGUGGCGCCGCAGUCCGAGACCGCUACUGCUGUGCUUUCGACGUCUGUUGUGGACGGAGAGGACGUGGCGCCGACGCCUGAUUACUUGGACAGCACCGACAAGAACGUUGAGUCGUCUACCGCCCCCGCGUCCGACGGCGAAAGUGGCGGCACUGAGCGUGCGGCUGCCCUUGUGCGGGAGAUCGAUGCGCUACAGCGGGUGCUGGCGCGGACCGAGACCGACAAUGGUGCUCUGCUUGAGCUCGUUGGUCACCUUCAGAGUGUUGCGCAGCGUUCUGCUGUGGAGCUCGAACCGCGGCCGGCGAUGGUGCUUGCGGAUACUGCACCGGAGCGUAGUGGGCGCAAGCACAGCGGCCCCAAAGAGGAUGCGGCGGUGUUGCAUGUGCUGGAGAGCAACUCGGAUUUGCGGGCAGACCUUAUGCGUGAGUCUGCAUACAAUAGGGCGCUUACAGUCGAGAAUGCCAAGCUUGCGCGGGCGCAAGAGGAUUUGACGCAACACGCCCAGGCACUCGAGGAGACAAAUGCUCGCCUUUCUGACGCUCUGGGCAAGGCUGUGAGCGCGUCCACUCUCCGGACGUACCUCAGCAGACUGUCCGAGGCGUGGGACCUGGCAAAUGCGUUCUUGCGCGAAGCAGUGACAUACCGUGAGCAGGCCGCACAGGAGUUGACGGCAGCGGAGGAGGAUCUCGCCGACGCCCGCGUCGAUCGUGCCGCUUUGCAGUCGCAGAACGAGGCACUAACCGUUCGUGCCGAGGCACUGCGCAAGGAUGUGGGUACGCUGGAAGAACAGGUAGCCAGCCUGGCGGCAUUGCCGUUGCGGACUAGGCUUGGCGAUGAUCAGCGGCUUGGUGGUGACCUUCUCGGCGAUGAAGCUGACGACGAUGUGUCCAAGUUUGAGUCUGCGCUCCACAUGAGCCGCGACCAGCGGACGGACCUUGCAGGCCAGGUUGCUAACCUGCAGGCCGCGCUCUCCGAGUCGACGAGCCGACAAGGCCAGCUCGCGGCGCGCAACAAGGACCUUCAACGUCUGCUGCUUGUGGGCGGCGGCGGCACGCCUGGGUUGUAUGCCACGACACUCACACCCAUCCGGGCUGAGCGGUCAACGGUGGCGUUUGUGGAGGCCGAGAACUCGUUUGAGGCGCCGACCCUCGACUCGCUGUUCGGCGAUGAUACGGUUGCCGACGCCAACGCGCCCAAGGCGGUCUUGCUGGAGCAGUUGGCUACUGAGCGAGCUGCGCUGGAGAUUUCGCAGCACCAUGUGGCGCAGCUGCAGGCGCAGAUGCAGGCGGUUAUGGUCGACGACGAGCGCGAGACAAGGCUGGGUGACAAUGGUGGCAGCGUGUCGUCGUCUCAUCAGGCCUUCAUGUCCAUGACCGAGACUCUUCAAGAGGACAUGGACUACUUGCGAAACCGAGUGUCUGAGUUGGAGGCGCAGAACGAGGUUCUGGAGGAGGCGCUUGCGCUGGCACAGACUGGCACUGCGAACCGCGACCAUGCUGUGGACAAUAACGCUGUUGCUGUUGAGGCACAGCUGCGGGCCUCCGAGCUUGAGGAGCGCCUGGCUGCAGUCCAGGCGGCGAACACUACGCUCGAUGACGAGAGCCGGCGUGCCAAGCAGGCAUCUGCAGCUAUGAUGCAGGAGCUGAUUGACGAGAGCGAACAGCUCAGGAGCCACAACGCCGAGCUGGUGGCAACAGUCACGUCGCUCGAGGUCGAACUGGAUUCGAUGAGCCAGGUGGUGCAGGAGAAGGAGCUUGAGCUUGACGAGGCAUCACAGAUGCUGGUUGAACGCGAGAAUGAGCUCAACGAGCGAGUUCGGAGCGCCGAGGUCGAGCUUCAGGGCUUGCGGGCCCAGCUGGAGGUGGCAUCAGCGGAGCUGACCUCGCUUCGUGACACAAACGAGUCGCUGAUGUCACAAUCGAUGGCACUGCAGUCGCAGAACUCGUCCGUGGUGGCACGGACUCAGAAUGGGCUCCAGGCGGCUCGCGCGGCGCUGACUGCACUCAUGAACGACCAUGCCGCCGAGACGACGUCCAAGCGCGAGAUAGAGGCCUGGGUCGCCUCGAUGCGCAACAUCAUUACGGACCAGGAAAACGAGCUGCACGAACUGGAGCGCGAAGCCAGCGCAAGGUCGCGUGCACUCCAGCAGCAGCUAGCUGCGGCACAAAUCGAGGCGUCGCGGCUUGCGGCAGCGAAGGAGCUGGCCGAAACCCGCGCCGCCGAGUUCAAGGAGCUUGCGGCGGCGGCACACGAGCGUGCCGAAGCAAGCUCGGCUGCCGCCGCAGAAGCGUUGGCCCGUGCGCAGGUGGCCGAGAACGAGGCCGCACACGCUCGUGAGCAGGUCCGGUUGGCGCAGCGCCCGAAUGCAGAUGGCAUGUCUGCUCUGAGGGAGGAGCUGAUCGAAGUACGACAGGCACUCAUGGCAGCCCAGGUGCAGGCCCAGGUUGCAGCGUCUCGGACAGCUGGCAGCGGCAGUGGUGGCGACGAGAGCGCAUCCCUGGCUCAGGUUGAAGCUGCGUCGGCCAAGGCCGAGGCGCGGGCCUGGCAGGAACGCCACGCCGAGACUGUAGAGCGGCUGGCGGCGAUUGAGCACGAGCGCAACGAGCUGGCACAGGAAGUGGCGGCAUUGAGGGAGCGCACGAGCGGAGCAGAGACUAACGCAGUACGUGCUGAGCAGCGUGAGGCAGGCGCGACCAAGCGGGUGGCAAAGCUUGAAGCAUCGCUCCUGAGUUUGGCCGAGAAAGAGGCCCCUGCUGAGGAUCAGGCUUUGUCGUUGCUAGGCGAGACGUUGAAAGCUACCCGCGACGAGCUGGCUCAAGCGCGCACGCGACUGGACGAGGUUACGUCCGAGAAUGUUGAGCUGCGGGUCGCUGCCGCGGCGAUGGAGCAAAAGCUGGCGUUUGCCCAAGCCCGGGGCGUUUCCGUCGACGAUGACGACGACGGAGUCUCUGACGAGGAGGCAUCGAUGGAGCAGGUGCCGACGGUGGUGCUCAAGUCACAGGUUGCUCGGCUCAAGGAGCGCCUUGUGGCGGAGGAGGCGCGGUCGCGCGAGCUGCUCAACAUGUCGGAAGAUGCCGGACGCGAGCUUGCGGCGAUGGAGGCGGAGCUUGAAGAGACGCGGGAGGCGCUGGCGGUGGCACUUGCUCGACGCGAGGCAGAGCUUGACUCCCGCCUCGCAACCGCGUUCGGCGAUGUCGAGGCCGAGCGUGCACGGCUGGUGCACGGUCUUGAAGAGGCUGAGCGGACGUCCGAUUCUGGGUUGGGUGAUGAGGACGACCCGCAGCUCAAGCUACUGGGAGAUCUCCGCAAGAUGAUCCGCCUCAACGGCGAGCUCAAAGAGGAGAUUGCGCUGAUGAAACGGCAGCUUGCGGCGGCACAGGCUGAGGUGUCGCGCCUGGAGCGCGAGUUGGCGGAGGCGACCGAGGCUAUGAUGAAUGCCUCAGACGAGGAUUCGCAACGCCGACAAAAGGCAGAUCAGCGGGAUAUGGAGCUGGUGACCGAGUUGCGGUCGGCGCUGGAGGCGGCACUGAGCGAGCGUGAUGCACUCCGCGCCCAACUGCUUGAGCAUAGCAUUGGUUCGCGUCAGGAUGAAGGACUUGCCCCUUGUUUUGUGGAGAGGAGCGUAGCUAAGGAGCGAGUGUUGACGUUGCGCGCAGCCCGGCAGUUGGCCGAGUCGCUGCUUGCGUCGGCUUCUGUGGGUCGAGGGGUGGGUCGGCGCCGAACCGGCGCUCUGUCGAGUGAGACUGACGACGACGCGAUGCCCGACCCGGUCGCCCGGGUUGACGCUCUCCACGCCGAGCUCGAAAACCUCACGGCCGAGCUCGAUGGGGUGGCUGCUUCGGCAAUAGGAGACGAGGCGUCGGACUUCUGGGAUGAGUCAAUGACUGCCACGGUGUGCGCCACACCGGCUCGCAGUGGUCGUGACAGAGUCGCCGCAGGGGAGGUGAAGAAGCUCGAGGAAGAAUUGUCGCAAGCACGCGACCAGCUGGACAGAACUCUUGCUUUGUACGAAGACAAGCUUGAGGCGAUAGAGCUGCUGGAGGGCGAAAUCGACGAGGCCAAUGUCGAGCUGGAUGCAAUGGUUGUUCAAGUUUCUACAGGGCGUGACAAGCUUGCUACUGCCGAGAAGCGCGCUUUCGAUUCCGAAGCGCGCGAGGUCGAAGCGCGCAUGCGGGCGUCUAUUGCAGAAGCACGUCUGCGCAAGGCCGUAGGAGCCAUCGGUGAAGCUCAAGUCGCGGCUGAAGCGACAGUGAGCGCGUUCGAGGCGGUUCUGGACAAUGGUGACGAGGACCAUGCGCUGCGGCGUGAGCGUGAGCUGCGCGCCGUUGCCGAGUCGAGGGCCGACGCACUCGAAGCAGAGCUGGCUUCUCUGAAUAUCAAGAUGGAUGCUAUUGUGGAGGAGCUUGUGGCGACUCGAAUGUCGCGCGCAGAGCUCGAAGCCAGCGUGCCUAGCCUGACAGCGGCACUGUCUGACGAUGUGCUUGAGAGUGAGCGGCAGGUGGAAACCGCACUGCAGGCAGUACUUCAGACUGAGCAGGAGCUUGCUGAGGUUGAGCGAGCGCGGGCGGACGCAGAGCAUAUGCGGGCCACCGGCGCAGCUGAUCAGGCUGCGCGUCUUGCGCAGCGGGUACAGGAGCUCGAGACCCGGCUUGAGAUGAGCAAGAGUGCGCUGGCGCGAGCACAUGGCGAUGUGGCUGUGGCUCGGGCCGAGAUUAUUGAGAUGUCGAGGACAUUUGGCGACCGGGAGCAGCAGCUGAGCGAUGCGCCUGGUGAUGAUAGGGAGCGUUCUACCAGAGGUGGACAUCGUGUUUCUGCUGUGGCUACGCUGGAGACUGCACUUGCUGGCGAGCGUGAGCGAAACGCUGCUGCGAUGGAAAAGGUGGAGAAGCUGGAAGCCGAGAUGGCCGAGCUUAACGCGCAGGCCGACUCGCUUGCGGACCAGCUUGUGGCUGCACGGGGGCAUGCCGCACACCAUAGUAGUGAGAGUGAUCACGUUGCGGCUCUUGAGACGCGCGUUGUCGAUCUCGAGGCUGAGCUGACGGUUGCUACUGCAGCACUUUUGCGGGCCAAGGGUGGAGUGGGUGAGGCUCAUGGCAUGGUUCUGGCGAUGUCGACAGCGUUUGGCGACAUGGAGCAGCAACUGCGAGAGAACGCACAGCUGGCUGUUAUGGAUGGCACAAAUACUGAGAUGGACGAUGCACUGGGUGUGUGGCGCGAUCGUGUUGCUGUUGCCGAGGCACAGAUCGAUGCACUGGAAGCUGAUGUUGCCGAGGCAAACGCUGCAGCGGAUGCCCUUGCCAACGAGAUUGUCACGGAACGACGGCGUGUUGCUGAUGUAGCGGACGAACUCAAGCGGAGUGAUGCGGCAGUAGUUGCUCUUGAGGCUGCGCUGAACUCCGAGCGUGAACGACUUGCAGCCGCCACUGCCAAAAUUGAGGAGCUGGAAGGCGAGGUGGCCGAGCUCAACGCCCAAGCCGACACGCUCGCGGACGAGGUCGUGGCGGCGCGCGAGGCAGCUGAGGCGUCAGCAGCGCCGGUCGUGGUUGAUGCCGAGGCGGCGCCACCGCCGCCAGCCGCAAUGUUGUCAGAUGAGAGCAGCAGUGCCGGCGAGAAUGCACGGGUGAUCGCACUGGAGGCGGAGCUGGCAACUGCUGUGGCUGCACUUGGUCGCGCACAGGACGGCAUGGCACAGGCGCGCGGUGAGGCGUUGGAGAUGACGACGGCGUUUGACGAUGUCGAGACACAGUUGCGCGAGAACGUGCUUCGUGCGUCGGCCGCCGAGGUCGCUGCACUCAAGACCGAGCUGGCAAGUGUCAAGGCGGCCGCGGCGAGCGACACGCAGGUGGCUGAGCUGGAGGCCGCAGAGGCAGUUGCUGAUGUGGUGCUUGUGCAGGAGCGUGAGGCGCACGUGGUCGAGGUGGCCAAGCUCGAGACCGAAGUCGAUGCUCAGAAGCACGGCAAGGACAGCGCGGCUGCCGAGUGUGAGCAUGCGGACGAGGCGGUUCUGGUGCUCGAGGCUGCGCUCAAGUCUGAGCGUGAGCGACUUACGGCCGCUACCGCCAAGAUCGAGGAGCUGGAAGGCGAGGUGGCCGAGCUCAACGCCCAAGCCGACACGCUCGCGGACGAGGUCGUCGCGGCGCGCGAGGCAGCUGAGGCGUCAGCAGUGCCGGUCGUGGUUGAUGCCGAGGCGGCGCCACCGCCGCCAGCCGCAAUGUCGUCAGAUGAGAGCAGCAGUGCCGGCGAGAAUGCACGGGUGAUCGCACUGGAGGCGGAGCUGGCAACUGCUGUGGCUGCACUUGGUCGCGCACAGGACGGCAUGGCACAGGCGCGCGGUGAGGCGUUGGAGAUGACGACGGCGUUUGACGAUGUCGAGACACAGUUGCGCGAGAACGUGCUUCGUGCGUCGGCCGCCGAGGUCGCUGCACUCAAGACCGAGUUGGCAAGUGUCAAGGCGGCCGCGGCGAGCGACACGCAGGUGGCUGAGCUGGAGGCCGCAGUGAUGGCCGAACGGGCUCGGACUGCGGCUGCUACAGCAAAGAUCGAGGCACUCGAGGCCGAGGUGGCUGAGAUGAAUGCCCAGGCUGACUUGCUCACGGACGAGCUAGUCAAAGAGCGUGAGGCGCGUGCUGUGGCUGCAAAUGCGGCUGCAGAUGCGGGUGAAGCUGAGCGGGAGCGGUCAGCUGCUGCGGCUGCCAAGAUUGAUGAGCUCAAGGCCAAACUGGCUGGUGAGCAUCAGACCCGUGCAGCGUUCGCAGCUGCAGCCGAGGCCAAGCUGGAGGCCGAGCGGGAGCGGUAUGCUGCUGCUGCCACCAAGAUCGAGGAGCUCGAGACCGAAAUCAUCAGCCUCGAUGCUCAGACAGACGUCCUGGCCGACGAGUUGACAGUAGCGCGCGAUGCCGUGGCUGUUGUCAAGUCUGCCGCUGUGGAGGUGGCAGUUCAAGUUGAGCAUGUCGUCAAGGAAGAGGGUGGCGGUGAUCGUGUGGUGGAGCUCGAGGCGGAGCUGGAAACUGCGACUGCUGCACUGGCCCGUGCACAGGACGGCGUGGUGCAGGCUCGCGGCGAGGCACUGGAAAUGACGACGGCAUUCGAUGAUGUCGAGCAGCAGUUGCGCGAGAACGUGUUGCGGGCAUCGUCGGCCGAGGUUGCUGCGCUCAAGGCGGAGCUAGCGGGAGCAAGGGCUGCUGCGGCGAACGAUAUGCACGUCAGCGAGCUUAUGUCGGAGCUGGAGGCCGAGCGGGACCGGGCUGCGGCUGCGGCACUCAAGGUGGAGGAGCUGGAGGUUGAAAUUGGCGAGCUACGCGAAGAGCGCGGUACUGCACGUGUCGCACCUGCAGCUCUGGAGCUUUCUCCGGACGAACCCUCUGUCGACAGCCGUAUUGCGACUCUACAGGUUGCUCUCGAUGCUGAGCGGAAGCGGUCUGCUGCGCUUGAAGCGCAAGUGGCAGAGGUCAACGCGCAGGCGGAUGUUCUUGCUGACGACCUUGUUGGCACGCGCGAAGCGCACGCCACUCGCGAGGCCGAUUUGGCUUCGCAGGUCAAGCAGCUGAUGUCGGAGAUUGAUGUGGCUGGUGUCAAGCUGGAAGAGCUUGCGGCCUCCAAAGACCAAGUGGCGACCCUGGAGGCCGAACUUGCAGCAGUGCGCGAAAGCGAGGCCGAGGCGAUGGUGGAGAUGCAGACUCUGCUUGAUGCCGAGCGGCAGCGAGCAGAAGCAGCUGAGGCCAUGUUGGUCAGGCAAAGCUCUCCGAAGCAAGUUCGGUUUGCGUCGGCAGCGCCAUCAUCGCCAUCAAGCGAAGACAGCACUCAUGCGCUCUUGGCGUCAAUGGAGCGGUCGGAAAUGGAGACCCGGAUUGUGGAGCUCGAGGCCGAGGUCCGCGACCUCAACGAGCAAGCCGACGUGCUUGCCGACGACGUGGUGUUUGCACGCCGCAAGGCAGUCGCGAAAGAGACUCGAAUUGCCGAACUUGCAGCGCAUGCGAGCGCUCUCAAGCGCGACCGAGUGGCGGUGCUGGGUUGCAGGCUGACACAGGUUUCAAUUGCGGCUGCCGCGGCCAAGGACCUUGUGAGCUUUGUAUCGUCUGGUCACCGCAAGGAGAGGGAUGGAGACAUCGCUAGUCUUUCUGUUCGUCUGGCCGAGAUGGAGACGGAGCUUGCCAGCAAGGCAAUUGCCCUGAAGGCGGCGCAGGCCGAGGUUGAAGCUAAGGAAGCCGAGCUGGCGAAUGUCCCUGCUCAGAUAAGCGGAGCCAAGUUGCGUCUGGCCGCGAUGGAGGCGAAGCUCACCGACAAGACCGCUGCUCUGGAAGCGGCACGGGCUGAGGCCGAUGCCAAGGGGGUCGAGUUAGCAGCAGUGCUUGCUGAGAACAGAGCCCAGGCAGAGUUGGGCCGUGUUGCAGUUGAAAUCGAGGCCAUGGAGAUCAUGUCGCAGCCCGAGGCGGGUACGCCACCGCUGGACGUGAGCGGUGCGUCGUCACACAACGUAUCGACAAUUUCCGACGGGACUACCGGUGAGUCGAUUAUUGCCGAGGCCGAGCGGCAUGCCACGGAGCUCUCGGAGGUUCUUGACGCCGCCAUCACGCGGAUUCAGGAGGGCGAGGAAGCCGAGUCGCCUGUCGAGCUUGCAGCCCUGACCGCGUCAAUUGAUGCUCUUACUCGACAGAACGCCGAGUUGCAGGCGGCUGUGGCUGCUUCGUCAUCGUCAGCCAUCACCGACUCCCAGGCUCGCGCUGACGCUGUCCACGACUACCUAGUGACCGUCGAGGCACUCAAGCAGCAGGUUGCAUCACUUGUUGAGCGCAUGGACCGCGAGCGGGCCGACGCCGACAUGCGCAUCGCAGAGGUCGAGGCCGAGGUUGAGCGUGCAAACACCGAGGCAGCCUCGUACAAGGCCCGUCACGGCCAGGCUCGCGCCCAGCUUGAACAGUUGCUUGCCUCGUCUGAGGCGCUUGUGGCUGUCAAGUCAGACGACGCUUUGACCACCGCCACGCUCCGAACCCGGCUGGCAGAGGCUCGGGCCGAGAUUGCAGCGUUGGAGGCAGAGUGUGAGCGCGCAAUCGAGCGUGCUGAUGCUGCUGAGACCGCGAACAACGCUCUGAGCAGCCAAGUGGCGGCCGCGCUAGAGCGUGCAACGGUUUCCGAAACGACGGCGGCGAUGCGUGCCGAGCAGCUGCGCUCACUCUCCGACUACCUCCACGAUGUAGGAAACGCCAAGUCGCUGUCUGAGGAGCUUGUUGCGUCGCGGGCUAGCUUGCUGGCGCGUGUGCUAGAGCUUGAGCGUGACCACGAAGCUCAGGGCUCGGUGGUUGUUGUCUCGCGUUCGAGCGACGAGUCGUUUGCGUCGGCUAUGUCGUCGCUAGACACGUCGGCGAUAGAGUCAACGACGAGCGAGGCAAGUCUUCUGGUCUCCGCCGUCGCCGAGACUUUGCGCGAUGAGAUCCGACUUGCGGCCGAGCUGGAGAAGGCUCAGGCUGCUAACGCUCAGCUGGCGUCAAAGCUUGCCGCCAAGAACACAGCAGACGUGGUUGCUGAGGCCCGCGAGGCUGAACUCCGAGCUGCGUUAGAGGUGCUGCGCUCGGAGCUUGUGGUGCUCGAGGCCGAGGUCAAGGAGCGGGACAUGAGCGAGUCCCUUAGAGCUGCCGGCGACGCCACGUCCAUGUCCACGGUCUACGCGUCGCGCGUCUCGUCGUAUGUCGACGACAUGGCGCGUGUUCGCGACGAGCUUGAUGGUCUGUUGGAGCUCAAGCACACGCUGCUGAGUCACAAUGCACACUUGCGGAGUCAGUUGUCAGAUGCAAGCGCGCGCAUGGAGGCGAGCGAAUCGGCGGCGCGCGCUCUGCGUGCCGAGAAGCACGAGGCCGAGGUGCUGAUCGAGAACCUCAAGGCAGCGGCGGCACUUGCCGACCAGCGAGUGGCGGCGGCGGAAGAAGCGGCGGCUGCGGCGUCUGCAGCGAUGUCGGACGAUGCGUCUGAAGCGUCAACGGCGACCACACGGACGGUGCGCCUCAUUGCCGAGCACCUCAACGGAGUGCUCCGUGUGCACAGCUCGCGGGUGUCAGCAAUUGCCACUGACCAAGCGUCGCUUGCGGCCGGGCGCGAGGCAAAUGUGGCGCACCUGAACGUUUUGAAGCGUGACAUCGAGGCCCUCACUGCGCUUGACGCCGACGCCGACGCCGAGCUCGGACCAGAGGUUGUGGCCAUGCGCGCCGCGUUGCGCGAGCUGGAAGGCUCGAUUGUCCGGGCGGACGAACAGUAUGCUGAUCUUGAGGCCGAGCUUGUGCAGGUCCGCGCUGAAGCGGAUGCUGCCGAGGCGUCUCGGUCGGAGCUGGAGACUGCGUUGGUGGGUGUGCGGUCGACGCUCGAUGAGGCUGUUGACCGAGCGCACACCUCGCACAUUCUGCUGCAGGCGUCGUUCUCUCAGUCGCACCUCAACGCGACCGCGACGCAGAGCAUGAUGGACGAGACGGUACUUUCGCGGGCGGAACGGUACAUGGAGCGCAUCGAUAGUGCGUUUGAGAUCAUCGAAGACGUACUGCCGGGGAGCAUUGCUGCCAAGGAGGCGCAGCUGCUGGAGGAGCGGCGGUUGGCAAACGCCUCGGUUCUCUCGGGCAACAUCUCGCGCGACAAGGUGGCGGCGGCGCAUGCCCGUGCCCGCGAGGCCAACGAGAAGCUAAUCAAGCUGGCUUCGGAGCGUGAUGCCGCUCUGAAGAGCAUUCGCCGCGGCAUUGACAAGCUGCAAGGCCUUGUCACCGUCUCGGAUCCGUUUGCCGGCGACUCAAGUGACGAUGGCGAGUCGUCUGAAGAGGAGAUUAUCCGUUACAUGCGGAUGUACGUCGAGAGCCGAAUGGAGCUGGUGCUCGAGCGGCACACACAUGAGAUGGUCAAGGUUGUUUCUGCCUCGCAGGCUCGGCAGAUCACCCGCCUCUUGAGGGCCCUCGACGAUGCAAAAGCCAAGUCGGCCGCACUCACCACCGAGAUCGACGAGGUCAAGGCCGAGGCUGACGUCCGAGUCCAGCGAGCGCUGCAGCGGCUUGACACCAUCCGACAAGCUUGAUCGGGUUCGAAUGAGAUGAUAGAGCCCUAAAUGAAGUCAAGUGACACGUAGA